AAAACCAGAAUUAGAACAAAAAUACUACAGUAAUUGGUUCGUCACGAUAAACUUUAAACGAGGCUCGUUUAAUUGAUUGAUAUACACAAGUGGGGAUUCGACCUACCUUCCCCGGUCUCCUCCUACUGCCUCUACUGGAGAGAGAGAGAGAGAGAGAGAGAGAGAAUGGAGGGAAGGAGAGUAGUGGUCUCAGCCCUGCAAUUCGCUUGCACCGACGACGUCUCCACUAAUGUCAACACCGCCGAAAGGCUGGUUAGAGCUGCCCAUGGAAAGGGUGCCAACAUCAUUCUUAUUCAGGAACUAUUUGAAGGUUAUUACUUCUGUCAAGCACAAAGGGAGGAUUUCUUUCAGCGAGCCAAGCCUUAUAAGGGCCACCCCACGAUUCUAAGGAUGCAAAAGCUUGCAAAAGAGUUGGGGGUAGUUAUACCAGUUAGCUUUUUUGAAGAGGCAAACAAUGCUCAUUACAAUUCAAUAGCCAUAAUUGAUGCUGAUGGGGCAGAUCUUGGACUCUAUAGGAAGUCCCAUAUUCCAGAUGGACCAGGCUACCAGGAAAAGUUCUACUUUAAUCCAGGAGACACUGGCUUUAAGGUUUUCCAUACUAAAUUUGCAAAAAUUGGAGUUGCAAUUUGCUGGGAUCAGUGGUUUCCAGAGGCAGCUCGAGCUAUGGUACUCCAAGGUGCAGAAAUAUUAUUUUACCCAACUGCUAUUGGUUCUGAACCUCAAGAUACUGGACUUGAUUCUUGUGAUCACUGGAAGCGAGUCAUGCAAGGGCAUGCCGGAGCCAAUUUGGUACCUCUAGUCGCUUCAAACCGCGUUGGUAAAGAGAUAAUCGAGACUGAGCAUGGAAAGAGUGAGAUCACAUUCUAUGGGAACUCUUUUAUAGCAGGACCCACUGGAGAAAUCAUUGAAACUGCUGAUGAUAAAGAGGAAGCUGUUCUCGUAACCCAUUUUGAUCUCGACAUGAUAAAGUCCAAAAGACACAGUUGGGGAGUAUUUCGAGAUCGGCGUCCUGAUUUAUACAAGGUGCUUCUGACAUUAGAUGGCAGCAACCCCCAACUCUGAACUUAACACAUGUUACUGUUAUCCUAUUUUAGUUACUUGUUGUAUGCUCAAUAUCCAAGAUUUUAUUCUGCCGUCUCUGUGGCAUGCGUGUGCCCACACUUUUCUUUAGCUUUCUUUCUCCCUCAUAUUUUGACACUCUUCUUCUUGUUUUUUUGGUACUUCGGAAUAUUAGACACUCAUGUUGUUGCUCAGCUGGUUUGGGAGAUAUGGCAGACACAUAUAGAACUUGACCAUUUCGCUGGCACUUGAACCGAAUAAAUACGAGAAUUACUGUGUUCGGAUCUUCGAUACAA